AUGCAGGAGGCAAGAUUAAAAAUGUUCUGCUUUCUAACGGAGCGGAUGCUCAAAGAGGAGCUCAAGGCUGCUUACUACUUACCGUUUAUGAAUGUGUUGCACGACACCUGCACCACCGGCAGCGUGCAUAAUGGGUCGCACACUUCAUUCACGAUCAAGGUGCUUAUCACGUCAAGGAUUGCAGUAAUCUAUCGGGUUGAAAUCGAGCCAAUGGCCCCUUUUACUAUGUCGGACACCACGCCGAGUGCCCGGAAGGUCUCAAAGUUGUUCGAAGAGUCGCUUCCGACGGACUGCACCAAGCGCGUCCUGAACCUGUGCCUCGAGUAUGGGGCUGCCCACACUCUCAGCCGAAUCGGCGGUCAAUCUGUGGUUUCCCCCACGAAGUUCACGGUGGAAAUCCUCAUCGAACCCGCCGCUCUCGAAGAUACCACCACGUCUGAUGACGUUUCGGACGACGCAGCGGCCACUGCAAUGAAAAAUGUCAUAAACGAGGGUAAGGAGAUCUUGCGCAACCCACACACAGAGGUCUUCUGUGCGAUGCAUGCAGUCGAUUCCAGUAACACCAUGGAUGCAGAGGUGGAUACGCAGCCAAAUCUGGAUCUGAUGCCGUCCGCUGGUAACGUGAUGGUGAUGUGUGGCGCGCCUUUGAUUGGUACGGUGACAACGACGACGCUUGUAGCAAGUCAUCACGACCAAGCCAACGAAGUGCUCAAGAAGAGGCACAAGCACACUGUGAACUGGAUCCGAGCCGUCGUUCAGCAAGUGUCGAACGACAAGAGGACAGCGGAGGUGUUCACCACGCUACUUCAGGAGCGUGUGUUCUCGGCGGGAGCGUUCGUUAUGAGUGCACUUAGAACAAGCACGGACAAUUAUCAAGCGGAGAUGCAGAUGCUCUUAAAGCACAAUCGCAGCUAG